AACGCAACAACAGACCGGGGUCCCUACGCCAGCGUCUGGACGUCGCCCGAUUAUGCUUGGCCUCCAUUAUCACCUUAUUAGCGAUUCGUAUUUUCUCCCAUGACUAAGACCGGGGAAAGAGAAGUUGACUGGUGGAGGAAUUGCAUGGCAUCGGCGCUUCCGACGGGCGCCGUUCCCUAAACCGUGGUACAAUCUCAGUUCCCUCGGUGCGAGAUAUUUAUCUCAUUUCUUACGUACUUCUUCUCGUUUUUUGUCGGAUUGCGAACCUCUUCCCCAACCCACCCUUUGGUGUUGAACGAAAAAAUGGAGUCGGAGAAAAAUGGCGACUCGAGUCCAGCGAUAACAACGCCUGCACCUGGCCACGACUCCAAAGUUCACACCUCUCCUGAUGUUUCAGAGAAGAAGUUGUCCCAGAAUGACGCUGAGCAAGCUCAACCACCGGCUCGGACAGAGGUAGAACCGCCCCCAGACGGCGGGUAUGGCUGGGUCUGUGUGCUGUGUGUCUUUUUGGUCAAUGCCCAUACCUGGGGAAUCAAUAGUUCCUAUGGUGUAUUUCUAGCGCAUUAUCUGGAUACAAAUACAUUUCCAGGGGCAUCAGACCUCGACUUCGCCUUCGUCGGAGGUCUUUCUCUCAGUUUGGCCCAAUUCAUCGCUCCAGUCGCAACGAUCACCACUCGAGAAUGGGGGACGAGAGCUAGCUUGGCGAUAGGAAUCACACUGCAAACUGCAGCGCUGUUAGGAGCGUCGUGGGCGACCGAGAUUUGGCAAUUGUUUCUAAGUCAGGCCGUGUGUUUCGGAUUCGGGAUGGGAAUGCAAUUUAGUGCGACUGUUGGCAUCAUCCCUCAAUGGUUCAACCGCCGACGAUCUCUUGCAAACGGAAUAGGGACAGCAGGAUCGGGAAUUGGAGGCCUGAUUUAUUCGCUCGCCACGAGUGCCAUCAUCCAGAGAUGGGGGACUGGCUGGGCUUUCCGAAUCCUGGCUAUAGUAUCAGCUGCUGCCUGUGGCUUCUCCGCCGUUCUUAUUAGGGAUCGCAACCAGGCCAUUGGAGCUGUCCAAAUUGCCUUCCAUACCAGUCUUUUGAAGCGACCGGAGUUCCUGCUUACGUUGGCCUGGGGCUGCUUCAGUGUGUUGGGCUAUGUGGCCUUGCUUUUCUCCAUCCCCAGCUACGCGAAUACCGUCGGCCUUACCGCAUCCCAAGGCUCGAUUCUUGGUGCCAUGUUCAACUUGGGAGGAGGUUUGGGUCGACCGGUUAUAGGGUACGUCAGUGAUGACUUUGGACGACUGAACACCGCACUCGCGUGUACCUUCCUAGCCGGCCUCUUCUCUUUUGUCAUCUGGAUCUUCGCCAAAAGCUUCGGCGUCCUCAUCUUCUAUGCACUGAUCGGCGGCACCGUUUCCGCAACCUUCACGACUACCGUUGCUCCGGUGGGCGCCGAGGUGGUGGGAUUGAAACUCCUACCAUCUGCCUUGUCGAUAUUCUGGCUUUCGGUGGUCAUACCGAGCACAUUCGCCGAGCCGAUCGCCCUUUGGUUGAGAACCGACAACGGGGCCAAUUUUCUGCACGCCCAGAUCUUCACUGGGUUUAUGUUUAUGGGAGGAUCGAUUUGCCUCUGGCUUGUGCGAGCAUGGAAGAUAUCGGAGCUGGACAAAACGGGUGCGGACGCUGAUCCUCUCAACGGGGAAGCCGAGGUCAGGCACGAUGAUGCCGUGCGUCGACAAUCAUUGGUGGCUAGGACGGUGAGCAGAGUUCCUAGCGUGACGAGAAAGGCAAAGGCUGCGAAGGGCUUGUUCACGUUAGCUAGGGUAUAGCAUUCAAAAUGGUUGAUAGCUUUUCUAAUUUUGCGUCUGAUGAAAAGCAGAUACUCUGAAGUAGUCCGACCAGAGCUCCAUGAAAG